AUGAAGGUCACUCAGCUUUACAUCUAUCCAGUCAAAUCUCUGCGCGGAAUUGCAUUGUCGUCGGCGACAGUGGUAGGCACAGGCUUACAAUAUGAUCGCACAUUCAUGCUGCUCCGCGUGGAUGGUGGAGAUAAUGAGCCGAGGAAGCUCAAUAAUAUGCACGUUUCAAGACUGACUGAGAUGGCGCUCUUCAAAACAGCCCUCGUGCAAUCAAGUGAUGGAGAUGGAGAUAGUCUCGAGGAGUUUACAGUCACGUAUGCUGGUCCAUCGAGCAGCCUGCCGCCUACGACUAUAACAAUACCGUUCGUACCAGAUACGGAAAACUUGGACAUGGUCGACGUUGUCAUGUAUAACUCACCUACUCGAGCUUAUGAUAUGGGCGCCGAAUACAACAAUUGGUUUUCAGCCCAGUUCGGCUAUGAGGUUGUACUUGCAUAUAUCGGCACCAUGAGGAGGAAAGUAUUGGGCUCUCUCUGGCCUUCUGCUGCUGAAAGUGCUGUUGCCUCCACAGCCCGUUCAGUCUCGCGGUAUCUCUCCUCCUACCGUCCUUCUAGCAUCGCGGCGAAAGGAGAGAAAUGGCGGCCUCCUGGUAUAACAUUUGCCGAUAUUGCCAUGUUCCUGGUUGUUACGGAGGAGUCGCUCGCCGAAACGUCAUCGCGACUACCUGAAGGCAUGGAGAUGGAUAUCCGCAAGUUCCGUCCCAACAUUGUCCUCAGUGGAGCUGAGGGUGCCUGGUAUGAAGAUUUAUGGGGACAAAUUAAUAUCGAGAAUAAGGAUGGUGUCAAGGUUGAGCUGGCAUUAACUGCCAACUGUGCGCGGUGUGCCAGUAUCAACAUCGACUACUCGACCGGCAAGCAGGCCCUGGGUGAGAAGGGGACAAUGCUGAAGAAGUUGAUGCCUGACCGCAGGGUGGAUAAGGGCAACAAGUACAGUCCAAUCUUCGGAAGAUACGGAUAUUUGGGAAAAGGAGCUGGCAGCAACGUCGGCAUUGGGGAUGAUGUAAGCGUCACCAAACGGCUGGAAGAGCCGGCUACUUUCGACUGGAAAACGAAAUAA